CAUCGUUACCGACCUCCAAGGGUUCCGCAGGUUGCUCCCAACCAGUCACUUUCAAGGUGCUUCAGAAACCCAGUGUCGUGCGCUCACAUUGCGUCGGGUAAACUGAACUGGCGGACAAAUUUGAGGCGAUAACGCCAACUGCAAGCCAUUUACAUCCUGGCAACUCGAAGCGAAAGCCACACGACUGCAGUGAUGCUGUCUCGGUUUGCGAGGCUGUUCUGUUUAAUUAUUGUUUCCCUAGUGCGUGUCGCAACUCUCGCGUCUCUUCACCCACAGACGCGCGCAUACAUUGAUCCAUGGACUGGGGAGCUUUGGGGCGAAGGAGGCGUCGAAAAGGAUUUGCGAGUGUUGUAUCCUGAUAAUUCGAAGGAGUAUGGACCUGCACACUCGGGCGUGGUGGGAGGGGUAGAUGGAGGUGUGAUUAUGUCCAAGCUAGGGAAUGAAACAGCAAAGGCUGAGCUGGGCCGUGCGACAUGGAAGCUUCUACACACUAUGACAUUACGAUUUCCUGAGCAUCCAACACCCGACGAACGCGAGGCUCUCAGCUCCUUUAUGUACCUUACCUCGCGACUGUACCCUUGUGGGGAAUGCGCUUCUGAAUUUCAGGAGUUACUAAAGAAAUUUCCGCCCCAGACUGCAAGUCGGCUUUCUGCGAGCAUGUGGCUCUGCUCCGUGCAUAACGAAGUAAAUGUCAGGCUCAGUAAACCGACAUUUGACUGUGCCAGGCUUGACGAGACAUACGAUUGUGGUUGUGGAGAUACACCUAUAUCGUUAUCAACUUCAACUGCAGCUGCAAGUCCAGAGGCUGUGGCACUAGAAGAAAAGAAAACUGAUGCGAUGGAUCUGGAGUGGGACAGUGCGAGAGACGGGGUUACCGGUGUUGAAUUGAUCAAAGGUGGGAAACACUAGAAGUCAUAUGCCUCGCAUGGCACGGGAUAGGGUUGGGAUUUCCUUGGGAUUUUUUUCUGCUUCGGUGGUGAGUUUGUUGUUGAUAAUGACUGUCGUAUUAUUAUGGGGAUACCCCAGCAAGUUCGAGGUCAUGGCACCUCUUUAAUCCGCACAGGUGAAAUGUGGGGUUACCAACUGUGGGCGUCGUGCGUCGUGCUGUAACGUUCUUCCCAUGACUGACUGGGAGUAACAAUGCUAUUAAAGAUGCUAGCACCGCUACAUACUGGCAAGUACGACAACUUCCCACGGUAGUACUGUGUUUAAUAAUCGGAAUAGUGCAAUCAUUACGAGU